AUGCUUAAAACUUUCGCCCACGCGAUCAAAGUCACAGGAGGUUUUGAUGACGAGAAGUGUGGUACCUAUGACAAGGAAGAGGACCAUGACUUCGAGGAUCAGUAA